AUGCUGCCGGGGAACCGAAUCGUUACUCGUUUUGCCUCCACCGAAAGGACUCUAGGUGGGAGACCUCCACCAGUCUACCCAGCCAGGGCCAGUCUCCCUUCCACCAGUCUCCGGACAUUUUGGGGAACCUCGAAAGGAGUUCCCCAGGAAACCCAGAUCCCAGCGAGGUUCUUGGUCAAUCCCCAUUCAAAUGCACGCACACCCACGUUUGGCUGUGAGGUGGUCACCAUGCGCCUGUCGGCUGAUGCGCACGAGUUGGACAUCACAGGGCGCGUGGAGGGGGUCGAAGAGGCGGUUAUCACGGCAGAGAACUCCUUGAAGGGACAGGCCAGAAGAUACCUCACGCAGGACGCCACAUACCUCUUGGUGAUUUGCUUCCUCAUUUGCUGUCUUGAGAAGGAGAGUUUCGCCAGGGCCGCCAAGCACCCCUCGCCGGACAGCGACGGCAUCUACACGGACUUCGGCUUCUUUAAGACGGUGGGUCUUGGUGAGCAUCCCAUCCAAGGCGACUUUGCUGGCGCUGUGAAAGCUUAUACAGAAUCGCUGGCGCUUGACCCCGAACAGCACUUGUGCUACAGCAAUCGGAGCGCGGCGCACUUGAAGCUGGGCGACGCGCAGGAGGCCCUGGCGGAUGCGGAGCGAUGCCUUCGACUGGCCUCGGACUUCCCCAAAGGAUAUUCCAGGCAAGCUGCGGCGCUGCAGGAGUUGGAGCGCUGGGAUGAGGCUGUCGCAAUCUGUGAGAGGGGCAUUGCCAAGUGCGCGAAGGAUGAUGCUGAUUCCUUGAGAAAGACCUUGGCAGAGGUGAAGAACCGCCAGCUCACGGCACAGUUGCAGGGCUGCUGGCAUGGCAAGGUCACUGAAGCCUUAGGAGGAUACGACCAAGAGAUGGAGUUUCUGGACCACUACCAAGUGCGCUUGCAAGUGCUGGGGCGGUCGAUCCAGGGCAGAUAUCGGGUGGACGCGAUGCAGAACCCAAUGCACCUGGACAUCCAAGUGGCCAUGGAGGGGAUGCCUUCGGAUGCACCGCCCGUGCCCUACAUCACCAAGGUGGAUGAACAUGGGAUGCACUUAUGCUGUCCCUACAUGAAGAUGGAAAGGCCCGAGCGUUUCGCAGGAGAAGGCUAUUGCCUUAUGACCAAAGGAGCUAUGGCGCAGAGUGUUGAAGAAAAAGUGGACCACUUGAGCAAAGAGGAAAAGGUGCUUUUGUGUGCCAGAGAGGUCAUCGAAGCUUUGCCCAACAGGAGGCUGGACGAACCGAAUUCCUUCGACACAGAGGAAGAGACCCGAGACAAGAUCAUGGCACAGGUGAAGUUCGAGACCAGCAUCUUCAAGGUGCAGCAGAGAUUUGGUGAAGAGAUGAUCAAAGAGGUCCUUGAUUCUGCCAAGAUGGGCGGGGCACCGCCUGGCUUGGCCGGCACUGCUGAGUUGGAUGAGCUCAAGGUGAAGCUUGAGAUCAUGGAAGGCUUAGCACAACCCCCGAAGCCGCCGCCGGCAUCGAAGCCCGCGACGUCGCCAGCGUCGCCGGCGAAACCGCGACCCGCCAGCCCCACUGCGGGGGGCGGGGGCGAGGUGGGCGCGGGCUCAUCGGGCGGCUUCUUGGUCCUGAGCGUGGUGGUGGCCGCCCUCGCAGUGGCCGGUGGAUUUUGGGCCUGGCACCAGCGGAAGCGUGUGCUCUUUGAGAUCUUGUCCGCUUAUGGCACCUGUGGCCUAUCGCUGGGCUAUGAGAAUCAGACCUUCUCCUUCAGCGGUGUGUGGAGUGAUGCAUCCCAGAUGUUGCUGGUGGCCACUAUGAUACUGGGACGCCUACGGGGGCUACCCGACUCGAUCGACGCGUCGGUGCGGAUGGCCAUGCCCACGAGCGACGAUCAGGAGGAGGCCUGUGACUUCGUACGCUUCUGA